AUGUUCAAAUCGAAUUUCCUGGGAGACAAACUCAGCUACCCAGUUGAGCAUUUCCGUCAAACGGAUCUCAGUCAAGAGGACGGUAUCAUUAGCCUCCUUGACCUGUGGGUUGCGUGGCAAAAAAAUCCAGCGCAUAACUGGACAGUUGCGGAAACUGCACGAUGGGUUUCUGAGAGUGUGGAGCUUCCAGAAUAUGGCGAAAUUUUCCAGCAGUAUAAAGUCGAUGGUGAAAGCAUACCGCGGCUCGUGUCUCGCAGUCCGAAAUUCAUUAGCGACGAACUCGGAAUAAAAAACUCCCUCCACCGACGAAAACUCUCCCUCAAAGCCAUGGAUCUGAUCCUCUUCGGUCCUCCUAAAAGUCUCUCACACGAACUCGUUCUGUAUCCCACCCGUCCAAAGUCCGUGCGAGUGCCAGAACCCUGCCGAAUACUGUUCACUUUUGUGAUUAGUGCGCGGGCGAUCGUUGUGUUCUCCUUUAUGCUAGAAAACUUCUCUUCUGCAACCGUGGCAAGCAGUCUGGUGGCCCAUCUCGCCAAGGACAUGCCUCUCCUCACGACACUGGCCCUCGCGGGUGCAUUUUUUGUCGCAUUUUUCGGCCUCAACUACCACUACUCGCGAAGGCUGCGGACCGCCGCCUCGGGCAACUAUGACAGGCUCUUCAAGGCGGAGCAAACUCUUCAAGAGUUGCAACACGAACUGCUACGUCUGAAGGAAGUUGAGCCUCCAAUGUGCAAUAGCAGAAGAUCAGGGAACGGUCGUUCCGCCCCAAUCGACGACGAAGUGGUUUUCCGGCACUCGGACUCGGGCCGCAGUUCAGAUCAAGCUGUCGACUCGACCAAUAACCUCCUCAGGCGUUUUGAAUUCGGGUGGCAAUCAUUCCCCGUAGUUACAAUGAAUCUUGUUAAAAGCCUUUUUUACUUCAAGUCACUGAUUUCCGCGAAACAAAGCCGCACUGAGCCUCCGACACGCAAGCCUAGCGAAUCGUCCUCCUUCCACCGCCGCACCGUUGCGGAUUCCCCGGCUAACGGCUACUGGCCCAGCUCACCGCUGGUGGCGUCGCCCUUCUACAUCGGCGGUUCGGAGCGUGUCUCGGCCGCGUCCGUCGUCACCACGGCCAAACGUCCCACCUCGCUCAACUCCUGUCCGCCGAUUGACUGCCCCGCCACCGAGCUCGCCCUCCUGCUACAACUCACCCACGAGUUUGAGCUCAGACACUACUGGGAGAAGCGGUCGGCCGCUGCCAGACAACUCAUGGCUGCUAAAGAGGCGUGCGAUCGGGUGCGUAGAAAACGGUCUACAUUUGUGGGGUCAGUUCGACUUAUUCAUUCGGAUAAUUUGGACGAUGUUGAUUCGAAAUUGAGCGCUGCCCGAAGGGUUCUCGAAAAUGUCACGGCAGACAUGCACGAGAGGAAGUAUCGAUGGAGUCGCAUCGAGGAGCUGACCGGCAUGCUGUUGCAACAGCCCACCGAUAUCAAUGUGCUGAUGACGGCAUUGGGAUAUGAAAACCCAAAGGGUCGCCUGGCGGGUGAGGGGAGCAACAGCAGCCUUCGUCUCUACGAUCUUUCGGCGGAAUUUUCUCUUUUUACGGGCGAUGAUUUCGUGGACGAUCAACCAAGCUCAUGUUUCCGUUCUUUCACAACAGGCGCUACUGAGGAUUGGCAUAAUAGACAAACAAGCGAUUGGCAGAACAAGUGUGCACGGCAGAGUUUGUCGCGCAAACACCGCCCAGAUGCAUCUCCUGCUGAAGAAGCUCAGUAUGCUCAGCCCGAUGCAAGGUCCGACCGCAGCCCACCAGCUCGAGAAAACUCCAGUGGUCUUUUCAUCCAACCAACUCUAACAAGAAACAACUACUCGUUCGUGCGCCCAUUUGCCGCCCUGUGGCGUCGCAAAGCCAAAUCACACACCCGCCAACUUCCCUCAUGCUUCGGACCGCCAACUGCCGUACCCCACAUCAGACCACAAUUCAGUAUUGACACGGGAACCGGACCCACAAACUAUGACAGCUACCAGCGGAAACCCUUCAUAUCAUAA